AUGAGCACACAGAAUGUAAUUCCUAUGAAACAUAUCAUUGCUCCUGACAUCAGGGCUCACACCUGCAAUGCUCCACAACCUUCAGUCCAUCAAAUGUUCAAUGCUAAAUCCGAUAUUUACAGUUCGGCAGAUGAUACUUCCCGAGUCUCGUAUGCUGACCUAUCAGACCCGAAUUCAUCCAGCUCUUCCACAUUCUGCACAAGCAUGUACUCAUCGUCGUCGACAAAACCCAGUGGAUUUUCUUUCCUGCCCCAUCCUUCUAAAUGUGAGCAGCAGCAGGUAUCAGCUGCAAAAUCAUUGAGCUCUUCUUUGCUGUUUGCUGCUGAUCUGAGCACUGGCGUUCAUGGUGAUCUUGAACAUCCACUUGAUCUCAAGGACUUCCUUAACCUCUCCGGCAACGCUUCUGACAGUAGCUUCCGUGCAGGAGGCAAUGCCAUGGAUUUCAGUGAGCAGCUGGAGUUUCAGUUCUUGUCUGAACAACUUGGGAUUGCCAUCACCGACAACGAGGAGAUCCCUCGGUUAGAUGACAUAUAUGGCAUACCGCCGCAAUGCUCGCCUAUUCUUGUAUCGCCUUCAUCUGACCAUGAGGGUCUGCGCAGUGGGGGUUCUCCGGUCAAAGUCCAGUUGAGUUCAUCACCAUCAUCAUCGGGAGCUACAGCAUGUAGCAAAACGAGAAUGAGAUGGACACUUGAGCUCCAUGAGCGUUUUGUGGAGGCUCUGAAAAAGCUCGGAGGACCGGAAAAGGCAACUCCCAAGGGUGUGCUGAAGCUUAUGAAGGUAGAAGGCUUGACAAUCUUUCACGUAAAGAGCCAUUUGCAGAACUAUCGACAUGUGAAGUAUAUUCCGGAGAAAAAAGAAGUGAAGAGAACCUGUUCAGAAGAUAACAAGGCAAAAUCAGCACCUGGAAUUGAUUCUGGCAAAAAGAAUUCACAUCGAUUUCCAUUUCUUAGGAGUUUUCAAAUGGCGGAAGCACUACGGAUGCAAAUGGAGGUUCAGAAACAGCUCCAUGAGCAACUAGAGGUGCAAAGGAAAUUACAGCUGCGCAUAGAGGAGCAUGCAAGAUAUUUGCAGCAGAUACUAGAACAACAGAAGGCCAGAAAAUCCCCGGUACCGAAACCAAAGGAGGAAACAGAGGUCAACACCACUUCAGCUCCGUCGCUGAAGCGUAAACUUUCAGACACCAAAAUAGAACACAACUCGCAGAUGGAUAGCAGAAGGCCAGAGCUACAACUUGAUCUUGAAAGUGAACCAUGA